AUGGAAAUUAUACUACGGGCUGUGCUCUUGUUAAUUUUACUCUACAUAGGUCUUGUUAACGGCCAAAUCUAUGAUGUGCUAGAAUUUGGUGCUAAGGGAGAUGGUAUUACCGAUGAUUCGGAGGCUUUUAUGGAAGCAUGGAAAGCUAUGUGCGGUUGUGACGGGACUCCAAAAACACUCCUUAUUCCUUCAAACAGUACAUUUUUAUUGCAACCUCUAGUGUUCCAAGGCCCUUGUAAAUCUCCUUUCGUACUAGUAAGGAUUAACGGAGAGAUUGUCGCCCCUAUCAACAAAGAUGCAUGGUCAAACUAUAAGUCUCUUAGAUGGAUUCAUUUUAAGGAAAUAACCGGUUUAACGAUCAUUGGUUCGGGAACAAUCAAUGGACGUGGUUCGUCUUUCUGGAAGCCAAAAUUGUCAGCUUCUAAAAGGCCUACUCAAUUGCAUUUUCAAAAAUGCAUUAACCUUAUGAUAAUUGGAAUAACAUCGGUCAAUAGCCCAAAAAAUCAUAUAUCAAUCAACCAAUGCGAAAAUGUUAAUAUCAAGAGGAUAAAACUUGUUGCACCCCAUGAUAGUCCUAACACCGAUGGAAUUGAUAUCUCAAGAUCAAGUGAUGUCAAUAUAUUCGACAGUAAGAUUGGAACUGGAGAUGAUUGUGUAGCUAUAAACAAUGGAAGUGUAAAUAUCAAAAUCACAAGAAUAAAUUGUGGACCUGGACAUGGAAUAAGUGUGGGAAGUCUAGGAAGAGAUGGAGAAGAAUCUGUGGUUGAGAACGUUCAAGUGAUUGAUUGCACUUUCAAUAGGACUGAUAAUGGAGCUAGAAUUAAGACGUGGCCGAAUGGAAAAGGAUAUGCAAAAAAUAUAGUUUUUAAGGGGAUCAAACUCACAGAAACACAAAAUCCGAUUAUAAUCAACCAAAAGUAUGUAGAUAAGGGACGUCUUGACGUGGAGGAAUCAGCAGUGGCAAUUAGCAAUGUGACAUUCACAGAUAUUUGUGGAACAUCACGAGGCGAUGAGAUUGUAAAACUAGAUUGCAGUGAAGUCACAUAUUGCAAAGACAUCGUUCUAGAACAUAUCGACAUUUCUACGGUCGAUGGAAAAAAGCCCUUAGUUGAAUGCACUAACGUCUAUGGAAAGUCGAGCAAUGCUAGCGAAAUCGAAGGUUGUUUCACGGGAUAG